UCGGCUGGCAGAAGAUCGCCGCCUUUCUGUUCCUCUGGCAUCUCUGUCGCCGUGAGUGCCCUCUCUGCGCUGCGCUUCGUGGUCGUGGUGCUGGCGGUGGAGGUGUGCCUUCAGCUUCUGGAGAGGGUCGCGGCCGCGGGAGAACAGAGCCCGCACGCGCAGCCAGACAAUCUGGUGCCGUGCCUCAUGGCAAUCUGCCUCUUCUCUGUCGCCCCAGUGGCCGCGGCAUUGCUGCAGUGCCUGGCAUGGCUCCUCGAGGCCCGCGUGGACAUGCGGGUGGACGCCGCUUUGACCCUGGCGGUGCACCAGAAGGCGCAGCGGCUGCCCUCGACCUCGCCGCCGGGCGCGGCAGCAUGUGGGGGCGAGCCCGUGCCCGACGGCUGCGGCGCCGGCCUGCGCGCGGUGCACCUGCUGCCCGUGGACGUCAAGGUAAACCUCCGCGGCUGGUGCAGCUCCCUCUGCACGCUGUGCCUGACCGUGCCUCUGGUGGCCACCCUGGCCCACAUUCGGGCCGGGUGGGCGCCUCGGUGCUGAUCGGCGCCCUGGGCGCCACGCCGGUGCUCGCGCUGGCGGCGGUGCUGCUCUGGCGGCUGCCGAGGGCCGCCCGCGCAGUCCAGGCGCAGGCGGACCUGCGGAUGUCGCUGCUGAAGGAGGUGCUGGGCGCGCCCCGGACUCCGGGGGCCUCGCGCCCUCCGGAGGCUGGGCUCGUGGCGGCCAGGGCCCAGGAGCUCGCACGCCUCACUGCGCUGCUCGUCAUGGCGGGCUGCCUCGGCGCUGUGGUCUUCGCCCUGCCCAGGUUGAUCGUCUGCUGCACGCUCUCCGUGCACGCCCAGCUGGCUGGAGACGUCAGCGCGCGCACCAUCUUCGUGUGCAUGCAGGUGGUGGCGAACCUCAAGCACCUGGUGGACUCGUCGGCCACCCGCGCGAGGAGGCUGCCGGCACUCCUGGUCUCGCUGCGCAGGAUCGAGGUGUUCCUGCUGGCGCCAGAGGCGCUGCCGCAGCGCCUGCUGCAAGACGGCCCCGCCCCGCAGGGCGGCCAGCCGUCGGCCGCGGUGCGGCUCCGGGGCUCCUUCUCGCGGUGCCCUGACCAGCCAGCGGCCCUCCACAGGCUGGAGCUGGACGUCGAGAGGGGCGCCCGCGUCGCCGUCGUGGGGGACGCCGGCUCGGGCAAGACCAGCCUCCUGCUGGCGAUGCUGGGCGAGCUCCACCCGGCCCCGGGUGCCGAGGCCACGCUGGCCUGUGGGCGCGCGGCGCACUGCGCCGCCCCGCCGUGGCUGCUGCGCGGCUCGCUCCAGGACAACGUGCUGUGCGGCGCGCCGCUGGAGGAGGGGCGGUACCACGCCGCCCUGGCCGCCGCGGGGCUCACCCCGGGCAGCGAGGGCGCCGCGCCGGCGUACGGGGCCCGCGUGUCGAUCGCCCGGGCGGUGUACAGCCGCGCGGGCGUUGUCUUGGUGGACGACGGGCUCCUCGGCGCCGCGGGCGCGGCGGCGGGCAGGCGCGCCUGGGAGCGCCUGCUGGCGGACCCCCUGAUGCGGGGCCGCGCCUGCGUGGCCGUUGUCCCGGCGGACGACCAGCUGGCGGCGGCCUUUGAGGAGGUGCUGGUGCUCUCUCACGGGCGGGUGGUCGCGCACGGGACCCCGAACGCCGUGGUGCCGUCGCAGGAGUUCCGCCGCCUGCCGCGCCCCCCGGGCCCGCUGGGCAACAGCCCGGCGGCGGGGUUGGCGCCCGGCGCGCUCGCCGCAGUCCCGGGGGGCCCCGAGCGCGCGGACUGGCAGACGUGGCGGUUCUUCCUGCGCAGCGGCCAGCGCGGACACCUUGCCGCCGCCCUGGCGCUGCAGGCGCUGGCCCGGGCCUUCAGCGCGCUGGGCGACGUGCAGCUCGCCAACUGGGCGAGCAGCCGCGCCGUGCCGCGCGGGAGCCACGCCGACAGCGCGCACGUGCUGGGCUACGGCCUGUGGCUGCUGGGGGCCACCCUCUGCUUCCUCGGCAGCUGCGUCUUCCUGGCCAGGUUCAGCUCCACCGUGGCGGGGGGCGUCUUCCGCGAGGUGUUGGCGGGGCCUCUCCCGGGGCGCCAGCCGGGCCCCUGGUCCGGGGCCGCGGGCAGCCAGGAGGGCGGCUACGCCGGCCCUGUUCGUGGACCUGGCGCAGCCGGAAAGGGAGAUGGGUGGUGGUUGAAGCCUGCAACAACGUCUUUGGUACGUGUUCGUCUGCGUCACCGCGCUGGCGUACGUCCACUUCUCCAUGCCCUGGAGGUUCACGGUCAUAGCCCUGCCGUGCUAUGCCGUCCUGGCGCGGAUGGGCGUGCUCUACUACAAGACGUCGGCGCGGCUGCUCCACCUGGAGCGGCGGCUCGCCUCGGCGCUGCUCGCGGGCGCGGCGGAGGCCGAGGCCGCGGCGGUCUCCGCGCGCUCCCUCGGGGCCGCCGCCCUGCUGGACGCCGACUUCGCCGCGCGCGCCGCGGAGCAGCUGAAGGCCCAGUUCCUGGCGAGGACC